AUGACUAGUGCUUUCAAGUACUAUCCUGAAACAAUGGGUAGUUCUAAUGGGUACCCAAUAAACUUGCCUUUCCCAAAAGGUUCGGCUGUUUCGGUAGCUAACGCCGCUAGACAACCACCAAAAUAUCUAGGUCAUGUUCCCUCCCAAUCGGUUCACACUCAGUUACCAUCCAUGGCUUCUUUAGGUUAUUUCAACCACUCUAGCUCUACUUACUUCCCUCCUCCUGCACAGCUUCCACAUCAGCAGCAACCACCUAUCCUCCCCCCUCCGGGCUUAAUGUACACUAGUAAUAAUAACAACAAUAUUAUUCCUUCUUCGGUCCAAAUGAUCACUGAUGGACAAAAACAACAACAACAACAACAAUCUAACCAAGUGAAUGGGGGCGUUAGUGAGAACUUGGAUUACGAUAUACCUAUGAUGUCAAAAUUUAUCAUGGAAAACGCCUUUGUUGCCUUCAACGCUAACUAUAGCACGGAUGAUCAGACCACGGAUUUAUUUUUCAAAGGAAUUUCUUCUGUAUUAAACGCAACGAGGUUACCUUCUGCUACUAUUUUUUUGGCCAUUGAUUAUCUUUUCAAAUAUAUCAAUAGAUUGACCAAUGGGAUACAUUCAAUUGGUGGAAAUUCAAUUAAUAUUAUUUAUCAAAAUACUAUGAUUGCGUUCAUAUUGGCAAACAAGUUCAACGAUGACAAAACUUUUACCAAUAGCUCAUGGUCACAGGCAACGGGAAUAUUGAUUAAUAUUAUCAAUGAUUUUGAGAAACAAUGGUUGAGAAUAUUCAAUUGGGAAUUAUAUGAUAGUGAUUUUCUUUAUUACGAGUUUGUUAAGAAUUUUGAGAUCUUCCAGCAAAAUCAAUUUAAACCUGCUACAGCGAUUCCAACUUUAUUGUCGCCUAUUAUCAACGUUAGUAAUGCAGGAACCUCAAAUUUCAACUUAAAACCCACUUCCACAAACAAUCCUUUGUCUCCGGUUUCCAAUUAUGAGACACCCAUGCUGAUGCCGAAUAACAUGUUUUCAUCGCCCUCACAUCAAAGUAAUUCAAGGUCAGAUUUUUCUAGUAUGAAUAGUUACUAUAACUAUUACAACUAUAAUCAGCCAAGAGUUAAUCAUUAUCAACAAUAUCCCAACAUAUAUUCUUCACCAAUUUCAGAAACUCAGUUUGAUUACGACUUUUAUAAUUUCGGUAAUCAACAGCAACAGCAACAGCAACCGCAACAGCAACAACAACCCUCAUUUUUACCUGCUGCUCCACAAUUACCUCCUCCUCACGUUCACCAAUCUUAUGGCCAUCAUCUUGGUUGGAAGUCAAUGGAUGACUCCGUGAAUCAUUCUAGGUUCGAACGAAACUACUUUCCGUAUUCGGCAGUAUAUUAA